CUUAAACGAUUGGCAUCGCCUGUCGUCCUUCAGUGGGCACGGGAGAGCAGCUACGAUGCGUUCGCCUUUCAACGCACCGCCCUUCUCUGUGCAGAUUGGUACCGCCCCAUCUAUACACUGCUUGUUUGCCGCCAUCCUCAUACCGGCCUACGGAACGCGGAUGUCUGCUAUUAUAGGAGGCACUUGCCUUACCCUUGGUCUCUCUGCGUCUUUUUUUGCCAAUGGAGUUACGGUCCUCAUCUUCACAGCUGGAUUUCUAUCUGGUUCUGGUCAUGGAAUAAUCUUGAGCAGCAGCGUGGUUGCGUGACUCAAUACUUCGACAAGCGACGAGGUGCUGCGUUGGGACUGAACCUGGCCGGAGCAACCAUUGCGUCUCUAGUGUUCCCAAAGUUGUACGAGUACUUGCUCGCCGAGUACGGUCUUCACGGCACCUUUCUCAUUGUUGGAGCAUCUAUGGGGAACGUGGUACCAUUAGCAAUGCUUAUGAAGGCUCCUCCAUGGAAGGUAGAGGAACCUGAAGGAAAUACCAGUAGCCCAGACACCAAGGACAGUUGUCAGAAGCCAUACAGUGCUCCAGUGAGAGCAGCCGUGUACGAGGGCGAUGACAAGCUGUACCUAGAGAUUGAACGGCCAACGUUAGUGUCAUCACAGAGCAUAAAACCGGCUCCAAAAAGUCAAGUACAUCGUGUUGAAGGCAUCUGCAGUGAGUGGACCGUCAUCAGCCUGAAUGAAAAGUCAAGUACCCCCGAAAGCCAAAGACGAAGCAUCGUGAACAAUACAGGAGAUGCGACGAUGCCCUCCAGUUUUAGUACACUCCUGUCUGGACGCUUCCCGACCAAAUUUAGGCGAGCGACUUUCACCAGUUGCACUUACAAGAACUCACCGUCAAAAGCUGAAAAGCCAUCAAGCCUCACUGAAUUCCAAAAAGAAAGAAUGGUAAAUGUUACACGUAAUGCAGAUACAAUGCCCCAGAGCAAUACGGUACUUCCUGCUUAUCUCUCCGCAAUAUCAGGCGAGGGACUUUCGCCAGUGGUGGCAGAAAAAGUUCAGCCUUCCGGGCCGACACACCAGAUUUGAACGAGUUACGUGCUAGGCGAGGAACUAUGCUGAGCGUCGCUGGAUCGAUGUACACGAGCAACAAAGUUUCAAGGCAUUCCUUUGCGUCAAACGCAGGGCUGUCUCGCCGAGCCACGGUCGCCAGCAUAAGCAAAUCGCUGGAACUUGACGCCUCACCGCUAUGCAGGAAUUCAUUUAACCAUGGACUUCCCUGGGAUCAGGAAGAUGCACCUUGCUCUACGUCUACGCAGCAGAAUAUACUGGAAGUUCUCAAAAAUCCGCGAUUCUACUUCCACGCGUUCAGCUACCUGUCCUGGGGUUUUUUCAUUGACUGUUUUUUGUCGGUGAUAUUCGACUUCGCACACGACGCCGGUGUAUCACGUGCCGACGCUGUGCAUGCGCUCACUUUCUUCUCGGCCACAGACACCGUGGGCCGGCUGUUCAUCCCCUACUUGAGUGACUACAACCUGAUAUCGAACUGUGGUUUGCUCACGAUCGCUUACUUAGUACUAGGUCUCCUACAGUACAUGGCACCACACGUACGGGGAAAGGAAUGUGUCUGGGCCCUCACAGCAGCCUUCGGCUUGCCAGCUGGUUACAUAAUUGUUGGAACCUCUCAGAUCCUCUCGACCGAAAUAGACUCGAAAAGCCUCCCAAUCGCUUAUGGUUUGAUGAACACUGCAACAGCAAUGGGAUGCUUCGUGAGGCCACUUCUCAUAGGGUUUUUUCGGGACAAUUACGGCAGCUACAAUGGCGUGUUUCGCUUCUACGGUGGCAUGCUUAUCAUGUCCUUCUUGUUCUCUCUGGGCCUUUGGAUCACCAACCGCCCCAAGGAGCGAAGAGCUGCCAACGCCACCCAGGGCCCUUACGUAUCUACUCCCCAGCCGACGAAAGUGGUCAAGGAGGAGCACACGUACAUAUGAAAAGUAAUGGGCAGAGAAAUGAAUUCUCGUAUCGUCACGAGGAACAGCAAAAUGCAAGUGACGCAAUACAAUACGAUUGUGUGGCUGUUCGUAGCCGCACAAUAUUAUGUUACCGUGCGCGGCAACACAUUGCGUGAUCCAGCAUCCACUGCCAAUAUAUAUUUAAGAAUGGUGUACUGUACACGCGAAGAACAAACCAGAAAGUGACCAUUCUACGCAGUAGAUGAUGCAGAUUCUACUGAGGAACUGUGAAACGCCAGUUCUGGGCAACGUCCGCUGAGUGGAGUUUACGAAAGGUAAUCAGGCGCCAGCUUUACUGCGACAAAUCGCGAAGGCACCCGCAAUGGCUUUAUUGGUAGUAAAUUCUUGUUAUUGCGAUAACCUUGUUUCAGUACUUAGGCGUAGGAUGAACUUAACUCUAGAUGGUUGAUCUAUGACCACAGAGCUUACCAGGAGGCUGACAGAUUGCAGCAUGAAAGGUGUUGCAUUUAUAAUGGACAUGGCAAAGGAGUUCACCGAAAGUCUUGCAAAGGGCGGAAGAAAUUACGCAGCUGUGUAUCGUAUACAUUAAGUUUCAUCUCUAAAGUACAAGCAAUUUGUAUACUCUUGCCUAAAAACGGGCCCUGUUUCUGCCAAACGAGAAAAAAAAAUAAAUUCAGACGGUGCUCAAGCGCGUCGCUAGCAGCGCUCGCUGCUUCCAGACGAUUAGCAGACGACAGGGCGCGGAACAAUACAAUUACAUGUUCUCACUCUCUUGAUUCGUCUAGAUGGACUACAACUGCUAAAGCGUUGCACAGAACUCAUGAAACACAGGAUAGGACUGAUACUUUUAUUUCGGUUUUCGCUUCCCACCUUCAGCGUCCAUAAACUUCCUUCUCAAGUGCCACUUGUUGCCAAUAAAGAUCGUUUCAUGUUCAAUAAAAGUCGAGCGUUAUAUCGUA